AUGCUCUGUGCAGGCGUAACUAUGUGGUCCCCUCUUAGAAAAGCCGGCGCUGGGCCUGGAAAGACUGUUGGGAUUGUUGGAAUUGGAGGAUUGGGCCAUUUUGGCUUAUUGUGGGCAAAGGCACUUGGCUGUGACAAGGUUGUUGCCAUUUCGCGCGGAAGCUCGAAAAGAGAGGACGCACUGAAGAUGGGAGCCGAUGAGUUUAUCGCAACGCAAGAGGACCCAGACUGGGCAAAGAAGAACAGACGCAAGCUGGACAUUAUUAUUUCCACAGUUUCCGACGCCAAGAUGCCUCUAUCAAAAUAUCUCCAACUACUACGCACCAACGGACGAUACAUCCAGGUCGGUGCGCCAGAGGAGGCUAUUCCUAGCUUCAGGAUUGGGGCAUUAAUUGGAAAGGCCGUUAAGAUAGAAGGAAGCUCUAUUGGUUCACCGGGAGAGCUCAGGGAGAUGCUAGAGUUUGCUGCCAAGAAGAACAUCCAUCCAUUUAUCGAGAAGAGGGAUAUGAAGGAUGCAAAUCAAGCGAUUGUUGAUAUGGAGGAUGGAAAGGCAAGGUAUAGAUAUGUGCUCUGCAAUUAG